UGGCGGCCUGCAGAUGGCUUUUAUUUUUCGGUUUCGCAGUUUUGUUGACGUAUCCACCGUUGCCGUAGAACGAGUGAGCGUACUACGAGCGACGCCGGUAGCGCUGCUCAGUCGCGAUCGAUUUUACGAUGCUAUCUCGCGAGUGCGAUAAAGCUCACGAUAACAGUUGGCUGCCGGGCAAGCACUGUACGUAGCCGUGAAAUCGUGAAGCGAUUCUCGCAUGCACGGGGGUGUGUGGUAUACGUCAUCGGCAUAAAUAUGUGUAUUGCCUUGAAGCGGCCCCGACGUUGAUCCAGUAGCGCUCUUUCUAUUUUAGUUUGUUCUUUGCGUAUACCACUCUGUACGCUUAACAAGGGGCGCAGGUGUCAACUCGCAUGGAACAAAGGCGUUUAUGAAACAUAUACGUUGUAUAUUCCACGUGCGUAAACGUGGAUCAGGGUCUGUAGAAGUUCACUAGUAAUCGACGCCUGACGAAACUCGCGGGCACUGCGUGGCAUAUUUUUCUACGUAGAAUGAAUGGAGCUGCAACAUGUCAUCAGGAACCAGACGACAUGGUUGGCGAGCAGGCCAGUCGAACAGACGGUGGUGACUGUGUGGUGAAGGGCUCCGUGUAUGGUGAACAGCUGAGCAGGCACCACCGUGGCAGCUUCGGUUGCAAGGAAGAUGCCAUGAGCGGCAGGCUGCCCUUUCACGGACCUUCGUCGCGGGAGGUGGAGCUGGCCAGCGUGCCAGUCCUCGAGCGACGCGGAGGACUCUACAGCGGUGGAGCGCUGGUCGUGCUCGUCGUCUGGUACUUCUUCAGCUUCACCACGCUGGUGCUGAAUAAGUGCAUCCUCUCGUACCAGUCUGGGGACCCUGUAGUGCUGGGUGCAGUGCAGAUGCUUUGCUGCUUCAUCUGUGGCUACGCCCAGAUGCAGAUGACCACUAGACGGAAGCUGUCCCCCGAGAACUCUCCCAAGAUGCAUAAUGUCAUCCUCGUCGGGUCAUUACGAUUUAGCACGGUGUUCCUGGGCCUUGUGGCUCUGUGGUAUGUGCCAGUGUCGUUCGCCGAAACAGUGAAGAGCUCGGCGCCCGUGUUCACGGUGGUCAUCUCGCGGCUAGUGCUGGGCGAAAUGACCACCUGGCUGGUGAACAUGAGCCUCUUCCCGGUCAUGGGAGGCCUGGCCCUGUGCAGCGCGAAUGAACUGAGCUUCAACCUGCCGGGUUUCAUCGCUUCCCUCUCCACUAAUCUCUCGGAGUGUUUUCAGAACGUCUUCUCCAAGCGGCUCCUCACCGACGAGAAGGUCAAGCUUCUGCCCGUGGAGCUUCAGUGCUACACUAGCCUGAGCUCGGUGUUCAUCCUGGUACCCACCAUGUUGGCCCUGGUGGACUUUGGCAAAGUGUGGGAGACCUGGUCGUGGACUAUGCUAGGCAUGCUGCUGCUUGGAGGACUGUCGUUCCAUUGCCAAAGCUUCACUGAGUACAUCCUGCUCGGUUACAUCUCGCCCGUCACCCACAGCGUGGCAAACACAGUCAAGCGGGCGCUCAUGAUCUGGCUGUCCAUCCUGGUCUUCGGCAACCAAGUCACAUUCCUCAGCGGUCUAGGGACACUCAUUGUCAUAGCUGGCGUGUUCCUAUACAACCACGCACGUAACGUUGCCGCAACUCUGUACCAAUACGAUGUAACGCUCAGUACUGUCAAGGUUACCGACCACGAUGUCUGAUGGGUUCAGGCUUUUAGGAACGAGACUGAUUUUUCAGUCUUGGAAACACGCUAGAGGCAGGCCUUUGCGCAGUCAUUGGCUGCUGUUAGUGGAAACAUUGUGACAACAUAUUUAUUGUACAGUAUGUUGCGAAGAAGAUAUAGAAUGAAAGUGACAACUUUAUUUCGAGACCGUUGACAUAAGGCGUUGCGCAAUCUUGCGUGUGAAAUUUGUAGGAUAGUGCCUUUCUUGGUACACCUCUCUAUGUGAAAGAGCCAAAGUUUAUUGUCGUUUCAUUAAAAGGUAGAGAUAUGGAGAAUAGCUAUGUCAAGAGUGGGCAACUUGAGCAUGGCACCUGAAGCUUGUUCCUACCUGUAGCCAAGUUUUGAGCUUUGUGAACAUGAACUCGUGAUUGUAUACAUACUGCUAUCACUAGAAGAAUUUUGGAACAUCUGCUUCCUUGAGAAAUGGCACAAGCAUGCAUUAAGCCAAAACGGAGCAACACUGCAUUUGGUAGGUUCCCCUCUGAAUUUAAGAUGUAUUCCGGUGUAGGCUGUGGUAUUUUUCUGCGUGAUUUUUAAGAAAUUUGUGGCAGUGUUUAUAUUUGUACGUAUUUCUCAUAUGCAUAAGCAAUCUUCGUCGUUGAUGCAAAUACUAUAAAUCUCGGUGUGUACAGUCAUUCCCUAUUUAAAAAUGUCAAAGUAGCUUUUGCUGUGCUGUGAAAUGUUGUAUGUCUGUAGCAUGAAGUGGUGGCCAUAGUAGCUUGCCCGUAUCGCCAAUACAAUGAACUGAAAUUAAACUGGAUUCCUUAGUUGCCUA